CAGUGUACGAUGCAUUUGGAAAGAUGGGUAGCAAUGUCAAAGGAGGUAAUGUCAACCAGCCUGGCCUGCUGCAGGAGUGUCGCUCUGCACACGGUCCCGCCUUCUCUGGGCAGUACUGCCAGGUCUUCUUUAACAAGCCCCAGCACUUUGUGGGUAUUUGUGUUCCUGACUCCUGUGGAGAAGACGAUGUGCAAAUGCUGGUUCUUCACGGGAGACUUCAGUUUGGCCAGACAUCCCUCAUCCCUCCUUUCCCUCACAUCCUGGUCAACCAGUCCAGUCAGGAGAUGAUCAUGACCCACUGUUUGUCCAACACCAUUGCCCCUGAUGCAUCAGAUGUUAUCUGUCUGUUUGUGUGUUGCGUAAUGGUAGCAAUACCUCUUGCAGCUACCCUGUUGACAGCUAUAAUAAGGUGGCAACAGAACAAAGAAGUCAGUCGCACAGAGGAGUCUUCAUGUUUAAAAACUGGCCUCAACCUUUUUGCGACCCUGAAGACCAAUGGCUCCUAUGGUUGCGAUAUUAUUAGUAGUACUUCAGAGGAAAAUAACAGCACCGGCAAAACUUCACUCUGUUUUCCUCGAGGCUGUAUGAACCGGUGGCUUGAGGCGUUCUCUCUACAGACCACUAGCCAGGAUGUCUUUAGCACUUCCUCAUCCACCAGAAGAAGAGGCUACCCCUACCUGAAUGGCAUCCGUGUUCUCAGCCUGUUAUGGAUCAUAAGUGGACACACGGCAGAUUUUAACAAAAUCAGCCUGGAUAACUACAAAGACUGGAAGAAAAUCUCUGAAAGAAGCCCACUGCAUGUUUUUACAGUCAGUGGGCCUAUUUAUCUGGCUGUGGACACCUUUUUAGUGCUUGGGGGUCUGCUGAGCGCAAGGUCUCUGCUGGGCGCCAUCGGCAGGGCUGAAGACAAACUGAGUCCCAGUUUGGUGGUCAACUACCUCUUCACAAGGAUGAAAAGGGUUCAACCACUGCAUCUGUUCAUUGUGUGUCUAUCCAUUGGCCUCGUCUCGCUGGUCCAGUGGGGACCCUACUGGUUCAAAGGCAUAGAUAUAAUGAUGGAUUGUAAAACGAACUGGUGGACUAACUUGCUGUUGAUUAACAAUUUCUUCCCAGUCGAAGAGAUAUGUCUUCCUUGGACAUGGUACCUGUCUCUGGACUUCCAGUGUUAUGCCACCACUCCUCUGCUGGUCUAUUUGUACAGACUAAACAGAGGUGUGUUUGUGGGUGUUGCUGGAGGACUUCUGCUGAUGACCACUGUGGCUGAUGCUGUUGUAACUGCACUCCUGCAGCUUCCAGUCUUUGUGCCAACUACAUUGCCAUUUGGAAUAUAUAACUUGUAUUACUAUUUUCCACCGCACACAAGAUAUGGGCCGUUUUUAAUCGGGAUCUUGACUGGAAUAUAUUUUACAACAAAGAAAGAUCAGCUGUUAAAGCAAAAGUGGCAGGCAGGACUUGGUUGGUUCUGCUGUCUGUCGCUCAUGGCUGUUGUGGUUGGAGUGGCCUUCAUCCUCAGGGAGACCCCGGCCUAUCCAUCUGUACCACACGCCCUCUACCAGGGGCUGCACCGGUCCCUCUGGGCUCUGGCUGUGACCUGGAUAAUACUGGCCUGUGAGGAGGGUUACGGAGGUUUCAUCAAGAGCUUCUUGUCAUUGGAUUUAUGGAUCCCUCUUUCAAAUAUCAGUUUCUGCAGCUAUCUGAUGCAUCCUAUCUUCUUCACCAUCUACAUUGGCUUGCAAGAAACCCCAGUCCACUACAUAGAUAUCAACUUUGUGUACCAGUUCCUUGGCACCCUGGUGCUCACGCUGGUGGUCAGCUGUGUGUUUACUGUGCUGGUUGAGAAGCCAUACAGCCUCCUAAAAUGGAGCAGUAAAUAACAAGACAAGUCAGAACACAAAAUACUUUAACCACCUCACACCCCUGAUCUUAU